AUGGGUCUUUCAAUGAUGUCUGACAAACUUCCAGCCAAUGUUAAAGAUUGGACUCCAGCUCACAUUAAAAAGCAUCUCAAGAGACAUAUGAAUAAUUCAAGUUAUGAUGAAGAUGACAUUGAAAAAAUUGAAAAACAGAAUACCGGUGGAAAAGCUUUUCUCAGAUUAACCAUACAAAUGCUUACUAAUGAGAAUGGUCCAUUCAAAAUUAAGUUUGGAAACGCAACCGAUAUUAUGGAGUUAGUAGAAAAACUCAAAGAAAAACAAGCAGAAGAGCACCCUACGUCCGUUGAAGUUGUGACCGCCUCUGAAUUCAAUAAAUUACGUGAUAACUACCAAAAAACAUUAAAAAAGAAUAAUAGAAUUAUCGAUAACAUGUUAAGUGAGAUUAAAAGAUUACAUAAAGAGUAUAGUGUUGAAUUGUUGGGUCCUUAUUAG